ACACGCCUCUCACACGCCGCGUCGGUGCCAGGGACCGGUAAUGCCCGGAAGCGCCGGAAAGAAGCGAAUCACCAAGGAGCUCGAGUUGCUGGCGGGUGACGAGUCGGUCCAGGUGCGGACGGUCGACUCGCCGGCGCAUUGGGUGGCCAAGAUGGAUGGGCCUCACGGAACACCGUACGAUGGCGGGACGUUCUUCCUGGACAUCACGUUCUCGCACAACUAUCCGUUUACGCCACCGAGAGUCAAGUUCCUCACCCGCAUCUAUCACCCCAACAUCAACGCCGAGGGCGCGAUCUGUCUCGAUCUGCUCAAGGACCAGUGGUCGCCGGCGCUCCGCAUGUCGCAGCUCAUCAUGUCCAUCGCCUCGCUGCUGGGCGAACCCAACCCCGACGAUCCGCUUGUCCUCUCCAUUGCUAAGGUGUACAAGUCUGAUCCGCGCCGAUACAAUGGGAUCGCCCGUGAGUGGACUCUUCGGUUUGCGGUCGGCAACAAGCCGCCGCUUGGCGUUUCGUUUGAUCACAGGCAGAAGCCGCCGCAGUGGCGCCGCAUGACCAAGCGCGAAAAGGCGGAGCGAGUCGCAGCCAAGGCGGCCAAAGCCAGGGCCAAGGUGGAUGCCAAAACCUCGGCUGCGUCCAACGCGCAGGCUAAGCGUAAGCGCAAGAGCAAGCGCAAGAGCAAGAACAAGAGCAAGAACAAGAACAAGGGCAAGGGCAAGGAAGCUAUAGACGCUGUAGACGCCUCAGAUUGUGGUGGUCAGAGUAACGAUGGAGACGAUGGCAGCGUUUUCACCCCUGAUCCGGUCUCGGGCUUGAGCUCGGCUAUGUGACCGCGGGCAAAACCCAUCGUCGUGCUUGAGAUGCACGCGCAAAGCCACCAAAGACCAUCUGAUGCACAGCUGACUUUUUUUCCAGCAAACGCGUUGAUGUGGUGC